ACCCGGAAGGAUUGCCCUCUUCUGAUUAACGUUUGAAUAAACAAGAAUGACCAAUUUGUUUUAGGAAAAGAUUGCAAGCGAUGUGUCAAAAAAAUAUAGUAUAUUUAAACUAAGAAAUAUCGAUGUCUUGUUUAGAGCGUUUAGGUGUGGAAAUGAUCGAAUGUGUGUAGCAACGCCCUAAUGUCAGCCACCUUGUUGGGAAAAAGAGCCCCUUUGUGUUUACAAAUCGGUAAGCAUUAUUGUUACCCUGCAGUGUAAUAAUAGUGGUGGUUUUUGACGAAGAAAAUAUGGCUGAAUUGCACGUUGUGGAGCAGAGUGGUACUAGCACUAUAGAACAAACCGAGCACCGUGAUGUCCGAGGCUCUGUUCGGCUGGCUGCUUCGCCGACUAUCAUGGUUUCACCGCGGAGUAGCUUGCCCACCAGUCCUGGGGUAUCGAGUACUAGCAGAGCAGUGUUUGGGUUUCCAAUGAAGAGCAACCUCAGUUCCCCGUCAGAGCCAGCCGAGAAGCCAGAAUCCCGCUGGGUUUGCCUAAAUGUUGGUGGAACCUACUUUGUCACAACCAAACAGACAUUGUGCAGGGACCCCAAAUCGUUCCUGUACCGAUUGUGUCAAGAAGAUCCGGAUUUGGACUCUGAUAAGGAUGAGACAGGCGCUUACCUGAUCGACAGGGACCCCACAUACUUUGGCCCCAUUCUGAAUUACCUGCGGCAUGGGAAACUGAUCAUGGACAAGAACCUGGCAGAGGAAGGUGUCCUUGAAGAGGCGGAGUUCUACAAUAUUGUGUCACUAGUAAGGCUGGUCAAGGAGAGGAUACGGGACAACGAGAACAGGACAUCUCAGGGCCCAGUGAAGCAUGUGUACCGGGUGCUGCAGUGCCAGGAGGAGGAGCUCACCCAGAUGGUGUCCACCAUGUCAGACGGCUGGAAGUUUGAGCAGCUCAUAAGCAUUGGCUCAUCCUAUAACUAUGGCAACGAGGACCAGGCUGAAUUCCUGUGUGUGGUUUCCCGGGAGCUCAACAACUCCACUAACGGCAUUGUUAUCGAGCCCACUGAGAAGGCCAAGAUCCUCCAGGAGAGAGGUUCACGGAUGUGAAGAGACUCCCAGGCCUGAGCUCACCCUUCUCAGCUCAUGUGAACAUUUCCUGAUGUCUCCUGCACCACCUCAGCCAUGGUCCAUAUCUUCACCCCUUCCACCACCAACCCCACAUCCCCCUUCACCUCCCCCUCCUCUGGGUGUGCCUUUCCACAGUGGGGGGUGUCCAUCCUCCUCACCUACAGUGCUGCAACAUAACCCCAUCGUCAUUUCUUAUUCUCAGUUAGAUUCGUGAACAUUUGAGGGAUUCUGAAGAGAUGACAAUAGAGUAUUAGGAAAUGUAAUAUCUGUUGUCAUAAGUUGGAUUUUGAAGAUUCAGGUUUUGCCCCUGAUCUUAGCCCUCAUCUUGCCCAUAGUACCUUUACACAGAGCUAAAUCAUUGUCACCGUCCUCAUUCAGGUGAUCACACAGUUAAUGGGGAGCCGUUUCCUUUUCUGGCUAUGUCGACUCGGCAGAAAUCUGUGAUCAUCUCCUCAGGACUUUCAAAGGACAAAAAAAGAAUGCAGAAAAAUCUACUGACUGUGACCUGCCCCUCCUACAACCCUGAAAAUUCACCUAUGGGGUGAGAGGAUGCUGUUAGCAACAUAGCCCACCCUCUGACCUCCACUCCUAGUCCUUACAUCUCCACAGCUGGAGCGCUAAGGCAGUUCAUAGUCGCUUGGGAGGCUGAAAGCUGAGAGGUGGGGCUAAGGACAGAGAAGUCACAGGAAUAUUCUACAGCCCUCAAAUUCAAAUCUGGACCUCAAAGCCAGUUCCACUGCUUUUAAAAUAAAUUAUUCCCCUCUAAUCAGGGACUGAUUUUAAACCUGGGACACCAGGUGGGUGCAAUUAAUUAUCAGGUAGAACAGAAAGCCAGCAGUAGUCCGGACCUCGUUGGGUAAAAUUUGAAUACCCCUGUUCUAUAGCAUCUCUCUUUUGGUCUUCUUGUGCAGUCAGUCCUGCUCUCACAGCAACUCUUGCCUAAUAAGACCAGACGAUAGUGGGAAGAGACAGACCCUUGUCUAACAGAGGCUCCACCCCACCAUAGUUCAUCAGUGACUUCCACUGCUGAGCAUCCAUCACACACGUUUUCUUUUUGGCUUGGGCCAAAGUCCUUUGUCACCAGGAGGGCACAUCUUUUCUUACAGCCGUACUAAGGAUGUUUCAGUGCAAAAGAAAACACACAACUUAAAAGACUAAACCACACACACGUACACAAUUGUCAGGCAUGUGAGGAAUAUAAAUCUAUAUAUAAUGAAAUUAUAUGGAGAACAAAAUGAAUGCAAAUGAUGUAGUUAUUAAUUUAUGUUUCAUAGUUGUCAUAUAUUUGUGUAGUAUGGUGAGUUCUAUUCCAUUGGGGGAGGAAAUAUCACUCCUCUAAUCCAGUUUUACUGAGGUGUUUCCUCCAAUGACAAAGGUGUAAGUUCGUGUAUGUAGGGCCUCUGCUAUUCAUCAAUGAUUGAAAUUAUGAUCAGCGACCCAGUUUUUCAAUGACACAACUUCUAAGUAUAUUUUUUGUUACUUAUAACCCUUUCAAAUGAUCCCUCUCGCAGAUAUACUAUUAUGUUCUCUUGCAUAUCUUAGAAUUGUAAUCAGAGAUAAAAGAGACGGGUUAUUGAAAAAGCUUUUAUUUGACAUCAAAAGAUGGUAUGUGUCCACUGCAGUGGUCCUGUGACACUGUUGGACCUGUAUCCAUCUGUAUGUUGCCUAGAGCCCCUUUUCCCUCUGGCGUCCUUUCAUUUUCAUACCAAUUGUCACUCACUCUGCAUUUGCCUGCUACAUACCUUGGUGUAUGUUCAGGUAACAGCUUUGCUGAAAUGAAUAUUUUAAAUACA